AAUGCUGCCCCAGCUGUUUCCUGUUGAAAAUGUCUCUGUAAUGUAGAUAAAUGUGAGGGAUUUUCUCUCCAAAUCCGUCUCCCGUUCGCUAAAUCUCACUUCUCCACAACGAGCCUGCGCAAUGGAACAAAGUCGGAAUAUUGAGAUGUGACAUUGCCCGCAUCUCAUCCUCUUUCUCGCUUUUUAAUGACUUCAAACAAGUUCAUUUUUGCUGGGCUUUUGCUGGAGACCCAAGGGGAUGUCUAGCGGUCAUUUCUUCCAGGGGCAUUGGUGUGAUGCCUUUAAGUGUACCAUGCGCUGUCUCUCGUGCACCCACACCCUCUCACUGGUGCUGUGCGUACUCGCCUUGACUCCCGCGACACUGGAGGCGGGGCCGGAGACGCUGUGCGGGGCGGAGCUUGUAGACACGCUGCAGUUUGUGUGUGGAGACAGGGGGUUUUAUUUCAACAAACCAGCAGGAUAUGGGUCUAAUUCGAGACGGUCGAACAACUACGGCAUUGUGGACGAAUGCUGCUUUCAGAGCUGCGAACUGCGGCGCCUUGAGAUGUACUGUGCACCUGUGAAAACCGGCAAAACUCCACGAUCCCUACGAGCGCAACGGCACACGGACAUCACCAGGACAGCAAAGAAACCUAUAUCUGGACAUAGGCACUCUUCCUGUAAGGAGGUUCAUCAGAAGAACUCAAGCCGAGGAAACACAGGGGGCAGAAACUAUCGCAUGUAGGACGGCGGGGGGAACGGCUAAGAGAGACAAGCGAAACUGUUGGACAGUGGAAAACGGGAUGAAAGAAAGACUGGUCUUCCAGGGGCUUGCUCCACUGUAAAAAAAGAAAAAGAAAAAGGAAAAAAAAAAAUGAUUUACUGAAUAUCUGAUGAUUUCCAUGCACUGCACCAUUCUAUAAUGGGGGAAAAUACUAAAUUAGCUGCUAUAAAGAGUCAAAUAAUAACUGUUUAUCCUCCUUGUGCGUGAACAGUUGCACAUUAUGGAUGCCGAAAGCUUUUUAAAGUGACAAAAAAUGUGUCAGAGCCCUAUAAAUUGGCCUUACUCUAGUUCGCAGCACCUAUUAAAUGUUCAUAUUCCACUGAAUUCUGAUGGAUGGCCUCUGGUACAGAGGUAAUAGGUGACUAUUGAUGCCCCACACACAUUAAGUUACUUAUAAAUCUUAUCACAAUCUGGAUCUAGUGGAAGAAAGCUGUAUUGUUUUUAUCUCAAACUUUUUUUUUUUUUUGCCUUUGUGAGAAAUAUUAGACGCUGCCAAGAGAGGAGUUCGCAGUGAGAUCAUGGACAGUGUUGACUAGAAAGGCUGUCUAGACAGUUUAUACCAGAUGAAACCCUCGCAAAUUUGAACUAUACGGCUGACGUUUAAAAACAAAUCACUUUUUUCUUAUUUGACUCAUUGUGCAAGAGCAGUUCAAGAGGGAUUAUACAAAAAGCCUUAUGCAGAUGUGCUGAGGUGCUCUAGAGAACACAUUUAGGAAUGAUGGACACUUAGGACAACUUGUGUGUGUUUUUUUUUUUUCAAUUGUGUGUGAGGGAUCUUUGCUUCUUUUUUUAAAUAAUUUUAACUGCAUGGUUUACCUAGAAAAUGGGAGGUGAAAGCCAUUCACUCGAACAGUUAUCCGCAUGCAUUUACACCAGUGUAUCAGCACUCACAGGAAAGACCGAGCAGAAACUUACUAAUUAGCAAUUGGAAGGUAUAUGAACAUCAAUAAGAACAUAAUAUGUUUAAGCAACUACUUUUCAUCAAACAGAAAGUUGCAGGUUUGCAUCUUUAUAGUGAAAGACUGGUGGCAUGAGCCGGACUGCAACUGACUAGCUGUAUUAAAAGGAUAUUUCACCCAAAAAGUCAUUCUUUAUACUCAUUUUACAUUAACUUCCAAUAUAAUAUUUAGGAAAAUGCAACUUUUUUUUAGCAUAAUACAACUUUAUGGCUCACACAGUAAAAAUAUACAGGAAUUGUGCUUUAUCAUGUCAAUUUUGUCCAUUUUUGGAGCUUUAUAGAGUGCAACACUAGGGUUCCAGAAGUAAAAACUGCGUUCAUUUUCUCCAUAGGGAAAUAGAUUUUUAACAUUAACUUAUAAAUCUAAAAAGACAGCCUUACAGUGUGCUAUGAGGCUGUUAAUCGAUAGAAUUUGCUUCUGUUAAAGCCAUCAGCCCGCAUUAAUUCAGCUUAGUUUGAAAAUAAUCAUGUUUAACAGUGGUAUUUGUGUUGAAAAACUACAUUUCCCACGACACUGUACACAAAAAAUCCACCAAUCAGAGUCAGAAUAAGUCAAAAGUGCCAAAAGAUCUCUUUAGCCACGCCCACUCCCUGCGAAUGACAUAAUCAUUGACAUCUCCCUACACUCUCAAAAUAUUUGAAUAUUUAUAUACAUAUAUGAAUUUCUAAAUUAAUUUGAUUAUGCUGUCCGCAGUGCUUCAGGGAUUGUAGUUCUCUAGCCAUUAAGUGCACAAAGGCCGCUUUUCAAAUAUUUUUUUGCUUCAAAUCUAAGUUUGUAAUUUACCUCGUAGCUGGUUGGCUUGGUAAAUGACUUAUAACGCUUUAACAAAGACAUUUUUGAAAUCCCUAUGGGAGAAAUGAUUGGAAAAAAUACUUCUGGAACCAACGCCAAAAAGUGAACCAAAAAAAAAAAAAAAACUGUAAAAAUCGUUUUUUAUCAAAUAGUCAGAAUUUGUGUUUUUGGGUGAACUAUCCCUACACUCCACUUUAAGUGGCUGUCAGAGGGGAUCGCGGGGUGUUUUCACAGUCCCUCUGCAUGGUGUUUUCCUCUUUUCUGAACCCAUCGGAUCAUGUCAACCCACACUGUUUACUCUGUAUCUAUAUUCAACCUAUAUUAACCUUUGCAUUCUCUAACCAUAAUCGUAUGUGAUGGCAUCAUAUAGCGGAACCAUAUAAGAGAUCAACCCACUGUAUAAUGGUGCUAUUUUGUAAUUUGUUACUUGCAGGGGUUGGCUGAAAACAGAAGCUCAAUGUUGGAAGUCUUCCCUUUUGCACAGCCUUGUGGCCACCAUUGUAAUAGUAUUCUUUUAUUUUUAAGCUGUUUCAAUAAGGUAUCAAUGUAAGCGAGAGAAAGUAUUUUUGUGAGCGUUGUGAAUGCAUGGAAAAAAGAAUGAAAUGAAAAAUGAGGCCCAAGAUGGUUAAUUGCUGUUUUUUUUUUAAAUUAUUCAUAUUUUUGAAUCAACAUAAUGUCCCUAUGCCAAAUAACUUGACAGAGUACUGUGAAUUGCAAAUCUUUACCAAGAUUUUGACCAUCACAAUGAAGUUUUUCAUGUGCACUACACUCAUUUUGACAUCCUGGCACUGAUUCUACAACUUAAGUAUUUGUAACUGGCAAGGAAAUGGGGCAAAACUGUCUUCAGUGUAAUACAGAGACGAGAAAGACCUCUCUCCCCUUGAGUAAUAAUAGAGUUACAGUAGAGUUCAACCAGCUAAAAACAGUGUAAUUUGGCUAACACUGUGCGAGCCCAUUCAGGACCGUUGGUUUUCUUUUCACCUGCCUGUGUUUUUACUUACGAUAUGCCUAAGGAGGUUUAAUAGGAAAAUUGCACCAAAAUUAUUUAAAUUACACCAGAAAGGUUAUGGUUUAAAUAACAGCACAUUAGCCAUCUAAAGAUAAAUCAUCUAUAGUGUACAAAAGGCAACUAUCUAUUUUUUGACAACCUAAAUUUGUGUCUUAAAGUGUUUGUACUUUUGAACUUGGCGGGUUUUGUUUUAAAAGUGAGCAUAUCUUCUCAUUCGAAACAAUAGAACAAUGUAGAAUCAUGACCCAGAAUAUCGAUGUAAUGUGCACAAAUGAUCUGAUUGUAAUAGACCUCCGGCAAAAGGUCCUCACAAAAUACCAAAGACUUUGGUUUGUUGGUUAUAGCUUUGUAGCUAAUAUCAUGGGUAGCACUGAUGAAACUUCUCGAAUCUUUAAUUAGACACAUUAAGGAACAUAUUGUUACAGAAAUGUCAUGCUUAUUUUGAAGUGGUUCUGUUUCCUCAUAAAUUAAAGGGAGGAUUUAAGACUGCUCAUCAGAACACGUCUACAUAAAUCCAGACAGAAACUGUAUUGAAUGACAAAUAUUAGAGGAUUCUGGGCAUUGAUCAUUAAACCAUUUUUUUUUUUUUUGAUUGUGAGGCUUUCAUUACUGGUGCUCAAUUGCUUUCUGUAUAAAAUAUGAAAAUACUGACAGAUUGUUCACCAUUCCUGCUGAAUAAACCACUUGUCAAUA